CUUCGUCAGGUGCGCCGACGGUACCGCGCGUGAGUACGCGACCGUGUGCUAGUGCAUGCGUUUUGCUUCAUUUCCUCGAAAACGUUUUGUUUUGCGUUUGUUUGUGUGUGUGAUUGUGCAUUUUUUACGUGUGUGUGUACAGUACAGUGUAAUUAUUGUACUGUCAGUAUGGAUGCGAUUUAAGCGCGUUUCCUGUCUUUUCGGGACAUGGGAAAUGUGCACAGCCACUCCGAUUUGAUUGCCUUUUGUGAGAGCCACAAGGUUUCGAGGAAACUUCAAUGAGAGGUCAUUUUUGCCCGUGGAAAAGGCGAGAAAGGAUGAAACAGGGAGAAUUGAGAAGGGCCCUGCUGGUUGCUACCCUCCUCUGCGUGUUCCUGUUCGUCUAUCUCUACUGGCAACAGACGGCCGACGAGACGCCCCACCUGCUCUACACCUAUAAGCAUCUCUACGUCCCAUUCAGAUCGGCUCCGGCAGAACAGGCUCCUCAAUGGACGUGGCAGUGCAUAAAUCAACGGUGCGAGCGGCAGCGUAUAAAGAGCGACGUAGGUGACGUCGCGUCGCUCGCGACGUGCAGCAUGCUUUGCGGCUCGACGCAACUGUGGCCCCAACCGACCGGCCCGGUCACCCUCGGCAGCAAAGCGGUGACCUUCAACCAUCGCCUUCUUGACUUCUACUCAAAAACAACAGGGCCUGCCAACGAACUCCUCCUGGCGGCUUUCUCGAUAGUCAACGACUCGAUAUCAGGACUGGUGCAGAACUCCGACUACAUCCACCAAAAGACUGACAUAACCAAAUUUAAAAUUAUCGUGUCGAUUUUAGAUGCAACCACGGUUAAAUUAAAAUUAAACACCGACGAGAGCUACACGAUAACCUUAAAACCCCACGGGACAGAGUUAGUGGGAAAUAUAACCGCAAAGACGUUUUUCGGUGCUAGACACGGUUUGGAGACCCUGUCGCAGCUUAUUUGGUGGGAUGAGUACCACGAAGGUGGUACGUUGAAGAUACUUAAGGGUGCCACAGUGCAAGAUAACCCCAUGUUCGCCUAUAGAGGGUUAAUGGUGGAUACAGCUCGAAAUUUCAUGUCAAUGGAGAGUUUGAAGAGAACCAUAGUCGGCAUGGCAAGUGUUAAAUUGAACGUGUUUCAUUGGCAUGUUUCCGAUUCGCAAAGUUUCCCUUUGGUGCUACCUAAUUUGCCGCAGUUGGCCAAACACGGCGCUUAUGCUCCAGAUUUAGUUUAUAAGCCUGAAGAAGUAAAAGAAAUGGUGGAGUUUGCCAAAGUUAGAGGUGUCAGGGUUAUUAUUGAAGUUGAUACACCUGCGCAUGCAGGUAACGGGUGGACUUUCGGUCAAGAUGAAGGUUUGGGUGAACUAGCAGUGUGUGUAAAUGAAAGACCGUGGAGUUUAUACUGCGGCGAACCGCCUUGUGGCCAGCUCAACCCUGAUAACCCCAACGUAUACGACGUUCUAGAAAAACUAUACAAAGACCUAAUAUCUUUAACGGAUGAAAACGAAAUAUUCCAUAUGGGUGGUGAUGAGGUAAACUUGGAAUGUUGGGCCCAGCACCUACAAAAAAACAGCAACUAUUACAACUACACAGACUUGCACGACCUCUGGGGCGACUUUACUCUCAAAGCUUUGAACCGACUAACCGCCGCCAACGGCGGCAAAAAAGUGCCGCACGUUAUAGUGUGGUCCAGUAAUUUAAGCAAACGUCCCUACAUCACCAAGUAUCUGGAUAAGGAGAACGUGGUGGUGCAGAGUUGGGGCGCUAGUCAGUGGCCGGAUACCCCAGAUUUGGUUUCGGAUGGGUAUAAAAUUAUUGUUUCACAUGUGGACGCGUGGUAUUUGGAUUGCGGUUUUGGCAGGUGGAGGGAGACAGGCGAUGCUGCCUGCGAUCCUUAUAGGCCCUGGCAAACGGUCUACAAUCACAGGCCGUGGCAGCAACUCCAUCUCAACAAAAAACAAGUCAUGGGCGGCGAAGUCUGCCUAUGGAGCGAACAACUGGAAGAAGGCUCUCUAGAUCCUCGGCUGUGGCCGCGAGCGGCCGCGUUCGCCGAACGCGUUUGGACCGACCCUCAGCUCGACAUGAGCACGUACACGAUCCUCGAGGACGUGUAUACGCGGCUUAACACGCAACGAGACCGACUGGUGAGUAAGGGGAUAGCGGCUGAAGCCCUUUGGCCCGGAUGGUGCAAACAGAAUCCCGGUAUGUGCCUUUGACGACCGAAAUUUGUUGUAAAUAGACUAAAUAGUGAUUUUUUGUUUUUAUCCGGCACAGUGAUACUAGGUUAUGUAGAAAGACGGUUAGAAUAAGUGAUCUCUGACUUUAAUCAAAUAUUUUUUUUUCGAUUUUGACCAUUUAUUAAAAAAGUUAUAUGAUCAGUAUUUUUAUGUACUCUUAUAAAAAUAGUAGGUAUGUCUUUUCAGCAAUUUUAUGUUUACCUAUUUAAGCAUUAAUUUACAUGAGUUACAUAAGGUUUAUUAUUGUCCAUAAAAUAUUAAAAAUAAAAACUCUAAUAUAAACUGGCGUUUGUGAAAUUUCUACUAAUAUUUUUAACUGUUUGUAGUACAUGUUUCUUCAAUUAAUACAAUAUGUUUAUUCAAAAAAUU